AUGCGGCGGGCCAUGAGCGGAAUACUGAAGAGGAAAUUUGAGGAGGUGGAAGCCUCCUCCUCCCCGUGCUCUUCUGUGCGGGAGUCUGAUGAUGAGGUCUCCUGCAGUGAGAGUGGGGAUAGCAGCGACAGUGUCAACCCCUCUGCCUCGGGCCCUUUCACCCCUGACUCUAUAUUGAAGAGGGAGAAGCGCCUGCGGACGAGGAGGGUGCAUUUUGAGAAUGUGACAGUGUACUACUUCAGCCGGCGGCAGGGCUUCACCAGCGUGCCCAGCCAGGGAGGCAGCACGCUGGGCAUGUCCAACAGGCACAGCUGGGUCAGGCAGUACUCCCUGGGUGACUUUGCCCUGGAGCAGGAGAGGAUCCACAGAGACAUGCUGAGAGACCACUUGAAGGAGGAGAAACUCAAUUCAAUUAAACUCAAGCUGACGAAGAAUGGCACAGUGGAGUCUGAGGAGGCCAACACACUCACAGCUGAGGACAUUUCAGAUGAUGACAUUGAUCUGGACAACACAGAGGUAGACGAGUACUUCUUCCUGCAGCCUCUCACCACUAAAAAGCGCCGCGCGCUGCUACGCUCCUCUGGGGUAAAGAAGAUUGAUGUGGAAGAGAAACAUGAACUCCGGGCCAUUCGCAUGUCCAGAGAGGACUGCGGCUGUGACUGCAGAGUUUUCUGUGACCCAGAGACCUGCGCCUGUAGCAUCGCAGGGAUCAAGUGCCAGGUGGAUCGUAUGUCAUUUCCAUGUGGCUGCACUAAAGAAGGUUGCAGCAACUCAACUGGAAGAGUGGAGUUUAACCCCAUCCGCGUUCGAACCCAUUUCUUGCACACUAUCAUGAAGCUCGAGCUGGAGAAGAGCCGCGAGCAGCAGCAGCCGUCCCCUAACAACGGUUACCGUGGUGAAGCCAACGACCUGGGAAGCGGAAACCCUUUCGCUCAGACGCAGCACAGGUUGGAGUACUCCCUGUCUGACGCCGUGCCCCAGACGACCAGCAUGCACCUGCAGACUGCGGACGAGAUGGAGGAGCCGCUAGAUGACGACGACGAGGAAGAGGACGAGGAAGACGACGAGGAGGAAGAGGAGAAUGAGGAAGAUGAGGACGAUGAGGAGGACAGCAGCAGCGUUUGCAGCGGGCUGUCUGACUCCAGCACGCAGAGCUUGGCUAACAGCGACUCUGAGGACGAGGAGGGGGAUGACGAGGAUGAAGAGAAGUCUGAGAAUUUCGAGGACGAUAUGACAACCCCGGCAGUUUCUCACACUGAAGUGGUGCCCUUGUCCUCUGUGCUGUGCUACAGCGAUGGCUCUGUGGCACAUGACAACCACAUAAAUGGAAACACUUACUUGAUGAACUCCUCUUCGGCUGAGUACUAUCAGCUGGGGAGCUCCAGCGCCGUCUCUAACGGACAAACCAGCCAACCCAGUGAACCCUACGGGGAAGCCUUAGCAUUCCAAGAUCCAGUUAGCACGACCAACGGCAGCGUGGCCCAGGGACCGUUCAACGUGACUGCCGAGCAGUACACGGACUACUCUAAUCAGCCUGAGGAGCAGUACACAGCCAAUCACCAUUUCACUCUGACCAGUAAUGCUCCUGCCGCCCCUUUGACCUGCUACACACCUGAGCAGAAGAAGAAGGUGUUGUCCAAGGCAGCGUUUGCGGAGCAGCCGGAGAACCAGAACCAGACACAGUUUCAAAACUACCUGAACAAUAACAAUCAGGGUUCCUACAGCAGUCACAGCUCCUGCAUGACAGCUGAACAGCCGCCGCAAGAGUCAAAUCUGAACGGACAUUCUGAUCUGACCUUACUAGCAAACACUACUAAGAACCUCCCUUUACCAGACCAUUGCCCCGAGGUCACAGCCAUUUAG